CAACCUUUUUCUCUUUCUCUUUUCUUUCUUGCUUUUCUCUAUAAACUCAUAAUACACACAUAUUAUUCCAUGCGUGGUCUUGUCGUAUUUGCCGGAUCAUCCAACCAAGCACUCACACAGCGGAUCUGCGACCGUCUAUCAUGCGAACCGGGCAAAUCCUUUCUGGCAAAGUUCAGCAACAACGAAACCCGAGUCGAACUGUAUGAAUCCGUUCGAGAACAAGACGUUUAUAUUGUUCAGUCAGGGUGUGGUCACGUCAAUGACAAUUUCAUGGAACUCUUGAUCAUGAUCCAAGCAUGCAAGACGGCAUCGGCCAAAAAAGUGACAGCCGUUAUUCCUUUGUUCCCAUACUCGCGACAACCGGACGCGCCUUUUGGAAGUGGUGCUCCACUGACACGAGCUCCACCCAUGACGGUGCCAUCCACACCACGCACCAUUCCGUCCACGCCCAAAAGCCAGCCCACAACGCCUAGAAACGGCGAGUUUUUUGGUAGUGGUAGUGGUGUCACGAGGUUGACCGAAGAGUUCGACGGUCUCGAACUGAGUCAGGAGGUCUUCCGUUUAGGUGGACCUAUGACAACAGCAAUAGCAGGAACAUCAACUGGCAAUCUUCUUCAGAAUACACAAAGUGGUUAUCGUCAGUGGGUGGCUCGGUCAGGCACAUUGGUUGCAGAACUUUUGACUUGUGCAGGCGCGGAUCAUAUCAUUACGCUGGAUUUACACGAUCCGCAGUACCAAGGAUUCUUUGAUUGUACCGUUGACAACUUGUCCGCAAUUCCGAUCAUGAUAAAGUAUAUUCAGCAUCAUAUCUAUGAUUACAAAAAUAUUGUCAUUGUAUCUCCGGAUGCAGGUGGUGCUAAAAGAGCGACAUCAAUAGCUGAAAAGCUGCAUAUGGACUUUGCCCUGAUCCAUAAAGAACGUCGUCGACCGGAUAAGCCGCAGAAACACGACCUUAUGCUUGUAGGAGAUGUGCGGGGGAGACGGGUGUGUCUUAUUGAUGAUGUGGUCGAUACAGGAUUCACGAUUACCAAGGCUGCCAAGUUAUUGCAUGAGAACGGUGCUCAAGAGAUUUAUUGCAUAGCGACGCACGCUAUCAUGAGCGGUGAUGCACUGGAUCGAAUUGAAAAGAGCUACCUUGAUAAAGUCAUUGUCAGCGAUUCGGUGCCACAGGGCGAGCAUACCCGCGUUUGCAGCAAAAUUACCACGUUCCCUGUCGCGCCAUUGUUUUCUGAAGCCAUACGGAGGAUCCAUAAUGGUGAAAGUGUCAGCAUGUUAUUUGAUCCUUCUCAUGAAUUGUUUUAAAAAAAAAGAAAUACACAUGUUCGUCGCUUUCGUCGUUGAUAUUUAUAUCUUGAGAGGAAAAGGGUAC